AUGGGAGAUCAUGCCCAACACAUAGCCAAACACGUCGACGCUGAUCUCUACUUCCGGAGACGCCCGGAUGUCGACAGCAGUGUCGAAGUCGACUUCACCAAGGGUAAACCAGAUGAUAAUGCCAAGAAAAUGCACGUAAGGAAUGAGACGCAUCAGGUGCAGGUGCGGGAUAUUCGGGGACGGGAAUCAUCCUACACACUCGACAAAAAUGGGUUCGUAUACGUGUUGCACGAAAUGCCCGAGCUCGACAGGGUCUUGGACGAAGAACACGUUAAGGAAACGACCAUCCCCCAGACGGAAUCAUUAGUUCGCAAAAUAACCGGCGCUACGAGGACAGUCACUUUUGUACAUCGGGUUCGAAGCCUCGCAACAGACACGUCCUCGAUCGCCAAUAACCGCGCGCCGGCGCACAGCGUGCACUCGGAUUUCACAACUACAGGUGCACUCCACUAUCUCAAGACGGUUGUUCCGGACGAGCAGGAGCGCGACCGUCUCCUCACUGGCCGAGUGCUGAUUAUCAAUGUCUGGCGACCGUUGAAAACCAUCCAGAAAGAUCCGCUCGCAGUUUGUGACUGGAGCUCCGUUAAUAUGCAAGACGAGAGUGUCCCCACUCGUUUAACAUUGCCAAAUGGGUGGAGUGAACUCGGGCAGUAUGCGUUUAGUCCGAGUCAGAGAUGGUGUUAUCUCAGUGGUCAACGACCCAAUGAGCCCCUUGUCUUUAUGCAGUUUGAUAGCUCCAAAGUGGACGAGGGAGGGAUUACAGUACCGCAUAGUGCAUUUGUUGAUCCGAGAUAUAGUGACUGUGCUGCAAGGGAGAGUCUAGAAAUCAAGAUGUUUGCAUUUGUUUAG